AUGAUCACGCAACUUGCCGCGAAUAUGGGCGGUCUCAGCAUUGACGAAACCGGGGAGCCAAGAUUAUCUCGUUCUUACAACCUCAAGUUUGUCGGUGACUGGGGUGGUGCCAAUUUUCACCGGAUAUGUUCCUGGAUCACUCAAGAGUUCUGUGACCGGGCAGGUCCCGGAAGUCGAACUUCGAUUUGGAGCCUCCGCGAUGGAGGUUUAGACGGCUUACUGCAACUCGACGAUGGGGACGCAGAUUUAAUCAUUAGCACCCCAGCUACGCUGAUCGGUAAAGGUCUUACUGGUGAAGCUCCAUUUCGCAAAGCGAUGCCACAUCUGCGUGCCCUCGCCACGCUGCCGCAAAAUGAUCGGAUGGUGCUAGCUGUGGACCCCAAGUACCGCGUCAAAACAUUUGAAGAUCUUCGAAAACAGAAACCAGCUCUGCGGAUUGCAACGUCAGUCAAUGACGGCACCAAUUUCAUUGGGUACGUGGCAGACGAAUUUUUGAAUGCUCAUGGCAUCUCCAAAUCCACGAUCGAGUCGUGGGGAGGUACGGUGCUAACGGCCCAGAGGCCGGAGCAAUGUGUCGCCCUGGUUGAAAACGGGGAAGCCGACGCCCUUCUCCAGGAAGCCAUCAUGACAGUAUGGUGGAGACGAUUAAUCGAGGCCAACCAGCUGGUCCCGCUGCCUGCAGAACCACAAGCCUUAGAAAGCCUACAAAAGUCUACUGGGCUGGGAACGAAUCCGCUACCAGUAGGCUUCUGGGACAACUUAUCCGAGGAAUUGCUGGCGUUAGAUUUUUCCGAUUUUGUCAUACUUGUGAGGGAUGAUAUGCCAAAGGAGGUGGCUUAUCUUCUCACAUGGGUGCUUGUGGAAACUAGACACCUGCUGGAGGGACAGUAUAAACAUAUUCCCCCCGCAAAAAGUCCUCUAUCAUAUCCGCUUGAUCCGGAAAAGAUGGCUCAAACGCCGGCACCGCUUCAUGAAGGUGCAAAGGAGUAUUAUUCUAAGCGCGAAGUCUCAGGGCAGCACAGUCGAAAGAAAACGACAGCUUCUCCGUUUUGA